AUGAUUCCAAAUGUCAUGGAUGAGAUGUGGAACGCUGGUGUUAGUUCAAAAAUUGUACGUGUUGGUACACCUUGUGAUACAUAUCCAUGUUGGAAUAAUGGAUUUUGCUUACCAAAUAAUAAUACUCAGGUUGGAUAUGAAUGUUUAUGUAAUGAUUUUUACAAUGGUACACAUUGUGAAAAAAGAAUUGUUAAAACGUUAAGUAAAAAUUGUGAACAUCUUGAUAAUAAUGUUGAAUGUAUUUGGAAAAGUAUUCUUGAAAAAUUAAAUACAACAAAAAGUUAUAUUUAUCAUUGUCAAACAAAUAUUUGUUAUAAUGGAGGAAUUUGUAUAACAUCAGAAGGUGCACAUUCUCAAUGUUUAUGUCCACCUGAUUUUAGUGGAAAUCUUUGCUCAGAAAAAACUUCUUCUGGUCUUGAUAUUGAUUCACUUAAAAUUUUUUGUUAUCUUAUUGGACUAUUUAUUAUUUUUAAAAUUAUCCUUUUCUUUUGUUAUUCAAGUAAUUUUGAAUGUUGUGUAUUAUCAACAAAUAAAGAUUACAAAUAUAGUCGUUGGUAUCUACCUGAAGAUUUUGUAAAUUCUUAUAAAAAUCAAGAUAAUAAUGAUGAUGAAUUAGCUUAUAUUCGUUUACAAAAUUUUGGAUUUAUUCCUGAGUCUGAAAGAAAUGUAGUAACAAAAGAUGAUAAAGUAGAAAAAAACAAAGAAUUGAAAAAAUUAAAUCAUUGUAACAUAAAUGAAUAUUAUGAAAUGAAUUUAAAAUCUUCCGCAACUAUUGAUACUUUUUUAGAUGUUGAAAAUGUUAAUGAAGAAGAAACAAAUAUUGAUCUUUUAGUAGAAAAAAAAAGUUGA